AUGACAAUUUAUCAAAAAAGAAGCAUUACGAAAACUAGUUUCAGUAGAUUAAAUGGGAGUUUGAAUCCAUCAGUUGACACUACAAAAACAUUUUAUAAUUCUAAUAAAAUCGACAUCAAUAUGAACAGAAAUAGGCAUUACAAUCUCGUUUCAGAUCAAGAAAAAGGCCUACAUUUAAGGACCUCAGACAUCAUUUGA